CACCCUCUGUCCAUCCCUCCCUUUACCUCCCUCACAAUGUUCGCCCGAUCCCUCAACACCGCCGCUCGCUCAUUCGCCCGCCGUUCCAUCUCCACCGGCCCCUCCGCUCCCUCCUCCUCCCGAUGGUCGUCGCGCCACGCUUUCGUGGCUGGUACCACCCUCGCCAUCUCUGCGCUUGCCAUCUCCUCUGAAAGGCGGAAGGUUUUGAACGAAUCUGCCAAGCCCGAGAAGCCUAGUCCGAGGGAGACUGUGCUGGAUCAGAAGAGUUUGAAGGAACCUAUACAUAAGACCGAGGUGAGGCAGGAUGGUGCUCCCGCUCCUCAAGCGUCAGAGUCAUCAGAUAGUGUCGAGGCUGCGGCGGAUGGUGCAGCGAAAGUGUUGGAGGAGAAGAAGGAAGAAGCCGGGGAUGCUUCGCAAGGGGCUUUCAACCCCGAGACUGGAGAGAUCAACUGGGACUGCCCUUGUCUUGGUGGUAUGGCGACUGGUCCAUGUGGGGAACAGUUUAAAGCUGCCUUCUCUUGCUUUGUAUACUCUGAAGCAGAGCCCAAGGGUGUAGACUGCGUGGAAAAGUUCAAGGCUAUGCAGGAUUGCUUCAGGGAACAUCCCGAGAUCUAUGGUGAAGAGAUCGACGAUGAUGAGGCGCCUGCUGCUGUUUCCUCCGAGGGAUCUGCCGCUUCCGAGGAGAAGAAGGCUGAGGAAGAGAAGGCCGAGGACAUCAAGGUCGCUGCCGCCCCUGCCGCCUCCCCAUAGACGAAUACCUCUCCCACACCCGACUUUUGCAUACUACAAAAUGAUUCAAUGAAUCAUGCAUCAACCGCUCCUCAUCUCCUCACACUUUCUUCGUCUCUGGUUGUUUUUCGCUGUGCUUUCUGAUGGUUUGUAUUGUGGCCAUUCAUCUAUCUUUCGAGGCGGCAUCUGGAGAAAAGGUGGCUAGUGCCGCCGCUGGAUGAUGGCUACCCACAAACUGAGCUGUAAUCCGUGACAAGGUGAAGAUGACUGACAAUCCGCAUACCCUGUGUUCUGACCCUUCGUGACCCUACUCACAUAGGCGCCGCUGGGAUAGGCACGAGCUGCUCGGCCUCGG